AAUCCAAAAAAGGAUACGUGGGAACUAGACAGCCCGCCGUGCCUUGGACAACGACUCCAUUGUUAGGGCGGAGAGAGACGUAUAUCUUGUCAGUAUAUCCACAAUCUUUGAUAGAACUAACACAGAAACAAGGGGGUUUGUUCAAACACGUUUAAAUUGAGCGUGCAGCUUCGUAAAUCUACGGAUACUCUGAACUAAUAUUGCAUUGAGCGCGACUCACAAUGUAAGAUUAAGCAAGCGCGCCAAAUCUUCGAGUUCUGACCGAUUUGAACAGACCAACACAGUCAUAGCACUGCGCGGCAAAGCACAAACAUGUGGGUGCAGCUUUCAACAAACUGCCCCUGUGACAUCACUACAGCUGAGAGUAGAGAAGACACACUGGCCAAGUGAGUGACUGAGCUGUGGCAGAGGAGAGGGGUCAACAUGGGGCUACACUCAGCCCAGAAGAAGCACUUUCCCCUGAAGGGGAUUGGUGGCGUGGUUGCCCUGUUCGAAGCGGAGCUCCGUAAAUCUGAACCAGACCUAGCCCUUCUCUCAUUGGUCCUGGGCUUUGCAGAACACUUUCUGGCUGUCAACCGGGUCAUACCAAUUAACGUCCCGGGGGUGCGCUUUGAGCCGCUGGAGCUAGACUGCCCAAACUCCUGCUUUCCUACAGUGGAGUUAGGGAUGCUAUCGGCCCUGCACGAGCGCUUCGCAGCCCAGAUCCGGGGCGCUGUGGAUCUGUCCCAGUACCGCAGGCCUGCUGGCGGGUCCAGCAGGGAACUGGUGAAGAAAGUAUCUGACGUCAUCUGGAACAGCCUAAGCCGCUCCUACUUUAAGGACCGCGCCCACAUCCAGUCCCUCUUCAGUCUCAUCACUGGCACAAAGCUGGACAGCUCGGGGGUGGCGUUUGCGGUGGUGGCAGCAUGCCAGGUGCUGGGGCUGCGGGACGUGCACCUGGCCCUGUCCGAGGACCACGCCUGGGUCAUCUUUGGCAAGAACGGAGAGGAGACUGCAGAGGUCACCUGGCACGGAAAGGGCAACGAGGACCGGAGGGGGCAGACAGUUGCUGCCGGUGUCGGUGAGAGGAGCUGGCUGUACUUAAAGGGCUCAUAUAUGAAGUGUAACAGGAACAUGGAGGUGGCCUUCAUGGUGUGUGCCAUCAACCCCUCUCUGGACCUGCACACUGACAGCUCCGAGAUGCUACAACUUCAGCAGAGGCUUCUAUGGUUGCUGUAUGAGCGAGGAGACCUGGAAAGAUACCCCAUGGCCAUGGGCACCCUGGCAGACUUGGAGGACCAGGAGCCCAUCCCUGGCAAAGAGAGCCCCCACGCCAUCCACCUUAAAGCUGUGAACUCUGCUAAGAAGUACUACAACAACGAGCACAUCUACCCCUUCAUGUACCUGGCCGGCUACCACUACAGACACAGGGAGGUCCGGGAGGCCUUGGGGGCCUGGGCCGAGGCUGCACAGGUCAUGCAGGACUACAACUACUUCCGCGAGGACGAAGAGAUCUACAAGGAGUUUUUCGACAUUGCCAACGACGUCAUCCCCACCCUGCUGAAGGAGACGGCUGCAGCCGCCGAGAGCGGAGAAGGGAGCGAGGGAGGAGAGAAGGACCAGCCCAUACAGGCCUCUGCCCUCCAGGACCCAGAAUGCUUUGCCCACCUGUUGCGUUUCUAUGACGGCAUCUGUAAGUGGGAGGAGGGAAGCCCCACCCCUGUCCUUCAUGUUGGCUGGGCCACCUAUCUGGUCCAGUCCCUCAGUCGCUUUGACCCACAGAUCCGUCAGAGGGUGUCCAUCAUCACCAAAGAGCCUGAGCCCCAGGACGACGAUGACCAAUCCAGUGAGGACCCUCGCGAAGGCCGGAGACGUGGCCCGAGGCGUGAGUCCAGACUGGAAGACCAAGCUUCCCCUCCAACACAAUCCACUCCCACCACCCCUGUCCCACCACCAACCCAACCCAACCAGGCUAAGAAAGUAGGUGGCGAGGGCGGGACGCGGCGUCGCUCUUCAGGGCUCCGCGGUGGAGACCCCGAAGGCAAGGCCAAGUCGUCCAGCCCGGUGCCCUCUCCUCUCCAGCAGCUGCCCUCCCCCAGUGGGAGUCCCCUGGUGGCCUUCCGGAGCAAGAAGAUGAAGGGCAUGAAGGAGCUGCUGUCUGCACCCAAGGUCAACGCCAGCGCCAUAAAGCUCCAGCUCACCGCCCAGUCACAGGUGCAGAUGAAGAGGCAGAAGAGCACGCCGUCGGGUGACUACACCAUGUCCUUUAUGAAGCGCCAGCGUAAAUCUCUGUAGAAGGAGGACUCUGUCUGUAGAACAUUCCUCUAGCAUGGUUCCCAAGUCUGGUUGUGUUGUAAAGCCAACACUUAUGGUCAUUUAUCAUAAGAGUUGACUAUACAGCUCACACAGAUCUGGGACCAGGCUAGACUUUCUCUUCAUUGGGAGAGAAAUGAGGAGAGGCUGUCUGUAGGACAUUUCCAUUGUGCUGUGACUGUGAGAGGCGAGGCAGCACAAAAAAGACUGCCGCAUCAACUUGCUUGCAUCUGCUGAGCAUUAUGCGAUUUACUUUCUUUUUUCAUCCAAAGGUUAUUUUAGCAAUCAUAUCAUAAGUCCCAAUAAGUAGGGCCGGGAUGAUACCAGUAUCAUGAUACUCGUUAGUAUUGUGGCAAUCAUUAAGUUGUAGGCAUCCAGAGUCACAUUUGUUUAUUUUCCGAGCUAGAGUGUACAAUAUUGUACGUACAGCAGGUUUUGUAUGGUUUGUGUUUUCAUUUUUGCCAUGGAAAAGUAUUGUGAUGCUGGCAUCGUCCGGACCCUACCAAUAAGGCCAUACGAGGGUCGGUAAGCACGUGACGUGUGUUUUAAGAGUGGAGGUAGUCACUUUAAUCAAGUUUGAACAUGUGUUGACCAAGUUGCUCCUUUUAAUCUUGUGAUUCAAUAAUGAUUGUGUAUCAUACAAUUAAAUGCUGAGCAGUGGCACACAUCAACUGUUGAGUUCUGAUUGACUUGUGUGGAAGUUAUUUUAAAGCCAAAGUAAUGGGUGUUUUUAGAUGAUGAAAACACCCUGUCCCUGGACAUUUUAUGGGAUGGGAGAAUUGCUCUGUUAAUGCAGCCAGAAUUCCAUUCUAUAUUUUCCAUUCUAUAUUUUCAAGUCUUGACUUAAUUUUCAUAUUUUUCACUGAAAUCCCUGGAAGUGAUUCGGUCUAUUACUGUGUAACAAUGUCCAACCCUGCUCUGUUGUCUCUUACAUGCUAGCUAUUGGUUGCCUUAUACACCGCCUUUUUUUAUUUCAAAUUUAGGUGGCCUUUUUUUUAGUUUUGAGACUAGCCAGAGCUGCAAUAGGCAACCUCAUGAUUAGAAACUGACCAGAAAUACCAUGCACUGUUUAAAGGGUAUUGCUGUAGUUUUCCCAGCUACAUACAGUAGUAUUUUGCUUGAUCAUUGGUUUUAUUUGCAGGUAAUAAAAUAAUUUCAAAUAUGA